AUGUUUAAAGGCACAUCAAUUGAACAAGACCCACACUUUUCUGACAAACAUGAAAAAUUGAAGAAAUCAAUGACAUUUCCAGAAAACUUCUAUCAGAAAGUAGAUUUUAAGAAAGUCAAUAUUGAAGUAAUGAGAGCAUGGAUUACAUCUAAAAUAAUUGAUAUAUUAGAAGUAGACGACGACAUUCUUGUUAACACAAUAGUAGGGUUUAUUGAAGAAAAUGGAAAUGAAACAGAUCCUCGUGAUUUAGAAAUUGAUUUAGAGGCAUUUCUUGGAGAUAAAACAAAAGAGUUUGUUGAAGAAUUAUGGAGUUUGUGUCAGAUGGGAGAGAAAAGUAAAGAUGGUAUUCCAGAAUGUCUAAAGAAAGCAGCAGAAGAACGUGAGGCAAAAGAAAGAAGAGAAAAAGAAAGAGGGAGAUAUCGAUCAAAGUAUCGAAGGACAGAAAGGAGUGAGAGUCGAGAAAGAAAUAAAAAGAAGUAA